AUGAUGAAUAGUAUACCAAACGAUGCUUUUAAUUCUUUACAAAUUUGCAUUACUAAUCCAUCAUCAACACAACAGACAUGUCGCAUUCUAUCUUAUAUUCCAAGUAUCAAUCUUUCUGAUUAUAAUGAACAAUGUACAUCUCAAUUACCAUCAUCUGUUGGACAGUAUCAGAAUUCACUUAAAGUAUUAUUAAGUGUGACUUUAUCAGUGAGAAGUAAUCGUACUAUUAUUAAUACUACUUCACCAUCAUUACAACACAAUGAAAAUAUUCUAAAUGCUAUAUCUAUUACAACUGUUCAACCAUCGCUUACGCGAUAUAUUUGA